AUGGAUAGCUCGACCUGCUUGGGCGUGAUCGCUGUGUUGGCGAUCUCAGGGAGCGUGGCACUGCUGACCACGCAGAUGCACAAGCACCUCGACCGCGAGUUCAGGAAGAUCUUCCAGUCGGAGUUCGGUAUAACCCCUCCUUCUUGUUCUUGUUGUUCUUGUUGUUGUCCUUGUUGUUCUUGUUGUUGUUCUUUUUGUUCUUGUUGUUCUUGUUGUUCUUCUGUUUCCUCUUGUUUUUCACGCAUUGAGCUCCAUUUGAUCCUCCAAAACCAACAAUUCGUCUCGUUUCUUCGCUCUUCUCAGGCGAUUACCUCGACAUUGUAGAUUGUCCAGGAGAAACCAGGAAUGCGCCCAAGAGGACAACGAGAAAGAAGGUGAGGUUCGCCGACGACGUGGUCGAACCCUCCUCGGAUAACUCCACCUACCGGCGGCGCCGCCAAAGGCCGGCGCCGGCCGCCCGACCACCGGCGUGA